CGCGGAGAGGAGCCGCGGGGCACGCCGGGAGCAGGUGUCUCUCCACAUGGCUGCCGAGGAAGCAACUAUCACAGUUCGCCUCAUCCGUUCAUUUGAGCAUCGAAAUUUCAAGCCUAUAGUAUAUCAUGGAGUUAACUUGGACCAAACUGUGAGGGAGUUUAUAAUAUUUCUGAAGCAAGAUGUCCCUUUGAGGACCAGCCUGCCACCACCACUCAGAAAUUACAAAUAUGAUACACUAAAGAUUCUUCAUCAAGCUCACAAAGCAAAGACAAAUGAGCUUGUGCUGGGUUUGGAGGAUGACGACACACUCCUGCUGAAGGAAGACAGAACGCUCAAGGACUCAGGAAUAGCCAGCGAGACUGAAAUUGCUUUCUUCUACGGAGAAGAUUAUAAGAGAUACAAAGCUAAUCCUGCCUCCUCCUGGUGAAAGUGCCUGGGGCACACCUUUGCAUUCCUUUCUUCCACUAGUGAGUUUUUUAAAUUGUCAAAUAAAUCUUU